UAUUUCUUGCUCCUGCAGCAAAUCAGCAUUUCUUGUUUCUCUUAGUUUUACUCUCUCUCUCUCUCUCUCUCUCCAACACCAAAAUGCUGUUAUUCCUAGUAUCAUGUCUGUCAUUCCUGCUGGUUUCACAGUCACUAAUCCUCAAACAAAAAAACCAACCUCCAAAAUUCAAUUCAAGAAUGUGGGUUUUCCUCAAAUCACCACACAGAUUCUUCAUACUACUCUCCCGAAAAAGAAAGAUUCUCAACAGAUUCUUCUUCUUCUUCCCAUCAAUCAAGAAAAUCCAGACCAUCAACACCACAACCAAGGAGGAAAGAAAAGAAGAAGCAGCCCACAAGGAGGAAUUCUCUCUACUUGAUCUUCCCGAUUUACCCCUCGACGCCAUUCUCGAAAAGCUCUCGCCUUUCGAACUCUGCAGCAUGGCUAGGGUUUGCAGCUCUCUGAAACUGAGCUGCACCAGCGACCAUCUAUGGCGGAAGCAGAUGGAGAAGAAAUGGGGUGGCGUCAUUGGUGACGUGGCACACAACGAGUGGCGAUCACAACUAAUAACUGCUUCGAAAAGGCCGCAUUUUUCAACAGAAAGAAGCGGCAAAUUCCAGCUUUUUUUGGAACUUUUCAUGGGGAAGAAAAGUGAUAUCAAGAAAAGUGAUUCCAGGAAGUACUUAUUACAAGAGAAUUCAGUUAUGGCUUUUUAUCUUGCUCUUGAGACUGGAAAGUUUUGGUUCCCAGCUCAGGUUUUUAACCGUCAGGUGCAGAAUGGGCAUGUGGGGUUUAUGCUUUCAUGUUAUGAUGCUCAACUAUGCUAUGAUUCCACCACAGACAAUUUCAUUGCUAGAUACAGAGCACAAGGGAGAAGUAUGAUAGAAGAAGGGAUUGAGUGGGAUAGGAUUAGGGCACCAAGUGUGAACACACCUCCAAAUUCUCUUCACAUUUCUGAUUGUUUGGAUCAAAUUAAACCUGGUGAUCAUAUUGAAAUUCAGUGGAGAAAGAACAAAGAAUUCCCUUUUGGUUGGUGGUAUGGGGUUGUUGAACAUCUGGAAUCCUGCAAUGGAAAUGAAUUCAAUUGCCAAUGUCACAUCACUGAUGCAGUGUCACUGGAGUUCAAGCAAUAUUCCCGUGCAUCGCGGUGGAGGAGAACAGUGAUCAGUAGAAAAGAUCAUACGGUGAUUGGAAAUGAGAUAGAUGGAUUCUACGGUGGGAUUAGAAAACUUUGUAAUAAACAAGAAAUUGCUAAAUGGAAACAAUUAUGGCCAAAUUGUACAUUGGAAUAAUUAGUUCAAAUGACAAAGAUUGACCUUCAUUAUUUAUUGAGAAUUGUACAUGAGUUUUUUUUUU